AUGAUGAUGGCUAAUAUCGUGGGAAAUCCGCACGAUUUCUUCAGUUAUACGAGUGGGCGAUGGGUCUGGGACGAGGAGGAACAGCUUAAAGAGAGAUAUCGUAAAUUUGAUAUCCUUGAGUUACAAAAAGUUGCUAUAGAGUCGGCAUGUGCUGGGUCCUGUGUCCGUAUGGAAAAGCUAGGAGAAGGAUCAUACAACAAAACUUUCAGGCUUGUUAUGGCUAGUGGCAAGGUGGUUGUCGCUCGGAUUCCAAACCCAAACGCUGGACCAGCUUUCCUGACGACAGCUUCUGAGGUUGCAACGAUGGACUUUUUAAGAAACACACUUCACCUUCCCGUCCCAAAAGUUCUUGCUUGGAAUUCUUCAGUGGACUCUACGAACCUUGUAGGUUCCGAGUACAUCAUCAUGGAGUAUGCGCCUGGGAAAAAUCUUGCCGAUAUUUGGACAGAUAUGGACCUUGAGCAUAAGAUUCAAACAAUGGAGGAUGUAGUGAGUAUACAACAAAAGUUGUUAUCUGUGAGGUUUUCUGCAGACGCACCGUCAGGUUCUCGUCCUGCAAUAGUCGAAGGAGACAAAUUGUCGCGAGAACUCAAGACAGAUAUCACCAAUCGGUUUUCUAUUGGACCUGUGGUAGACACAGCGUUCUGGAGCAAGACACGGGGCAAUAUGGAGAUUGAUCGUGGCCCCUGGAUAUCCACAGCGGACUACAUACAAGCUCUUGCAUUUCGAGAGAUUGCUUGGAUCCAAAAAUAUGCAACACCACGUUCCCUCGAUGACCCAUUUUUCGUUUCACAUAGCCAAAACACCCCAGCUGAGCAUAUUUCCCUUCUUCAGAUAUAUUUAUCCGUUGCUCCUUAUCUGCUACCACGAGAGGAAGACCUUGUGGGGUCAUUCUUAUGGCAUACAGACCUUCGUACUCCUAACAUUUUUGUCAAUGACAAGGGGAAUAUCACCAGUAUCAUUGACUGGCAAAGCAUAUGGGCUGGUCCCUUGUUCCUAGAGGGGCGUCACCCUCAUUUUCUCGAUUAUAAUGGUGAUAUGAUUCUAGAACUACCCAAAGACUUUAAGCAGCUUGAUGGAAAUACUCAAACUUCUGUCAAGGACCAAGUAACCAACUCGAUAUUAUUGUAUCUGUACGAGAAAUACACAGCAGAAAGGUGCCCGGUCUUGAGCAGAGUGUUUCGGUACCCAAAUGGCAUGACGAUGACAGAUCCAAUUCGGUUUGUAGGAAAUACUUGGGAGGGGGACAUUUUACCGCUACGAGAGUCUUUGAUUAGGUUACAAAAAAAGUGGGAUUCAUUAGAGUAUUCUGUUAAAUGUCCUCUCAAUUUCACCCCAGAAGAAAUUCGAAAACACUAUGAAGAUGGGGAAGGUUGGAACAAGGUCCAGGACUUUUGGGAUUCUUUAUCCGGAAUCAUGGGUAGAGACGGUUGGACAUCACAUGCAACUUACGACAAAGCCAAUUCCAUUUAUUCCCAGAUCUUGGCAAAGGAUCGAUCAUCCUUCUAG